GUCACCAACAGUUCCAACUCGACUGACAAGCACCGCACGGGGGCUUAUCUGGAUAUUGCAGCGAGUGAUCCAAUCACUGCUCAUAAUCUGGAAGGGGUGUGUCCUUCCAGGCGUAGGGAUAGGUCCUGCCUGCGGUACUUCAUACGCUUGGAGCCCCUUGAGCAGGUGCCAAGGCGAUCGUGUUUGGGUCGUCCUAAAAGUGUUUCAGCUGUAUCGUGGCAGCUGUGGACAGCUGGUCGCUUGACAGAACGCCUCGGCAACCAGGCGGAUGGCUCGAGGUGACCCAGAAUAGCCGAGAUUGCCUCAAGUAGGCCAUGUUGCCUGGUUCCGAGACAUCAGCAUCAGCAGCAGUAUCGGCAGCUCAAUCCUCUCAUUCGCCUUUCAAUAUGCCAUCCCCUCUCUCCGACUUUGACAUGUCGCCUGUCCCUUCUCCCCGUGUGCGUUCGCGCGCCGGGGUUCAUACUCGUUCACAUUCCUGGUGCGCGCCCAGUCCGGAAUCACCGAAUGAUCCCACUUCAUCCAAUGCUCGACACCCAACGUCCUUGUCUUCCGAGAUGACCUGCAAGGAGUUUAGCGAGACUUUCAAAGCCACUGAGACGCCCGUCCAGCGUGUCAGCAAGCGGCGCCCUACCACGCGAGGCAAGAAACGCGGUGUAGAUGGAUCCACCCAUUCAUCCCCUUCUAGACCCAGUCAAAGUACUCGAUCCCGGUCGAGGUCGUAUUCAAAGUCCAUCUCACCCAAACAGAGUCUCGAUUCAGUGCAUCGACGCGAGCCAAUAGGAGACACCUCAAUAUCCUUUGACUCGGAUCAUCUUGUUACGCCCGCUCCUCAGGCAUCAGAACAUCGUCGGCGUAUAGCUCCACUUCGAUCUUCGCGGUCCAGCCUCUUCGCCACUGGCUCGACCCCUCAUCCCAUCUCGAUCCCAAUCUAUGCCUACCGAGACAAGGCACCUUCGAGAGAUUCUAGUCCAGUCCCCGCUCCACGAAACGAUUCGAGUCCGUUGAAGAAGCCAAGAACUUCGCUCGGUGGAGAAAUCAUCAAUUUCCAUUAUUCGAGCGAUUCAGAUUCGGAGAACGAGACGCCAUCGCCGCCCUUGCGAACAAGGGCGCGGUUCAACUCGCUCCUAGGCCCAUCGCCCUUGCACAAAUCGUUCUCCUCUUCCAUGUCCCCUCCCAGUCCAUCCGGAUCUCUCCCAAAAUCAGUUUCCGCCUCAAUCCUGCCAAUCCGUGCAACCCGUACGCCUAGCGGAACUCAAUCCCAGCUCGGUCUCCCUUUCCGAUCAGAACGUUCCCUAAGUUCACCAUCUCUCGGGCUGUCAACGGGUAAUUUCUCCCCAAAUAGUGAUCUGUUGAGUCCCCUGAGGGCUAGAACGAAAAUCCUCAGCGAAGUCGAGGGUCUGGAGACCGAGCUGAACAAAGUCUUUGCUCUGGUGCACGGGAAAGGUCUGGGACUGGGUGCUGGGGGUAGAGGUAGGAGAAUAGGAAGUGGAUUGAGGCAGAGCAAAGGUGUAGACGAUGCCGAGGAAGUCAGGGUCGAAGACGAGUCACCCCUUCCUCGAAGAGCUACCAACAGGGAGCCAAGGACUCGAGAAGAUCAUAUGGAGGUGGACACUACUGAGUCUUGACUGUGGCUUGAGCACUGUGUAACUCCUCUUGGCCACUAAUACAUCCAUCGCGACGAUUCUUGUAACGACAUUUUCGCUCUUCCCUUUGCGCUCUCCCCGCUUGGCUCAGACACAUACCCUCUUUAUUCGCAACCUUAGACUCUGUUCUCAUCUUAUACCGCAUUGGCACUUCAUUCGCAACCGUCUAGCCGACAAAAGCACUCCGCUUUCACGAUGAUGAUCCGUCCCAUAAACGCCAUGUCCUCAUACCAGUGUCUCCCAAAUUGUCACGUCAUUUCAUUCACAUCAUCCGAUU